AUGGACAACAACGCCCAGCCCCAAGGGCAGCAACAGCUCCUAUCCCAGAUGGACAUCGACAUCCACGAACCCUUCACAACCGCCGAGCACAUCCAACAACUCAGCAACAUCGACAACGACAUCGUCUCCCUCCUCGAACUAACCUCCAACGCCCUCCGCUGCCUCGCCUCCCCACCACCCACAUCAUCCGACCAACAACAAACCGAAGCCGACCAACAAAAACAACAAGCCCAAGACCAAGAAGACGCAACAACCCGCUUCACCCAAAUCCAAUCCACCUUCCUCUCCACCCUCGACUGCGUCGACAAACAACUGCGCCGGCAGAUCUACGCCAUGGAAGAAGCAGGCAUCAUCAACCUGCGCUCUUCCUCUUCCAACCCCGCCAACAACCCCGACGGCUCCGACGACAACACCGUAGUCGGCGGGGAACCAAACGCCUCAAACAAACCCGGUGGUUACGCCGCCGCUUCAGCGCCCAAAAACCCCGGCGAAUUGACAAGGCCAGCCAAGAUCGAGACGCACCGCGGCGCGAAGUGGGUGAGGCCCGUGGUGACACGACUGGACCCCGAUGGCGUGGGCAGGUAUGGGAAUUUGGAUGUGGGACGGAUGAAUAUGGCUAUUGAUACUGUGGAGAGGGAUAUGGAGAGGGAGUUGUGGGUGAGGGCGAGGGAGCAUGCGGAGAGGGUGGUGAGGGAGAAGGGAAUCGGCUCUGGUGUUGGGCCGCUUGGUGGUGGUGGUGGUGGUGGUGUGAUCAAGAAGGAGGAGGGAGGAGUGGAUCGGAUGGAUGAGGAUUAGAGAUCCCUUCCCCUUUUUGGUGCUGGUGGUGCUGGUCGUUAAGGAGGAGCGAGGAGCGGAUCAGAUGGAUGAGGACUGGUUAUCUGAAUACGAGGAAUUCUUGACGCCGCCUGGGUCUCACUGAUAUACUCGGACGUUGCGAGAGAUGGCAGGAGCGAGCUGCAGGAUUCGUACGACAGGUGGCUUGCUUGGUUGGUUUUUUCGGUGCAUGUCUAUCUGGAGUUUGGGACUUUGACAUAUGGUUAGACUUGGCAUUGGUACUUGGGCGUUAGGUCGUUGCUCGAGUGAGCUUUACACAGGGUUGAUGUUGGUUGGGCUAUAAAAAGAUGUUAUCGCAUGCAGUUUGUACAUCAGCGGAAUUCGAAUUUUCAAUGAAGGUCUGUGAAAGAAGUCCAAUAUGAUUAUAACUGAAACUAUAAGCAGGAAAGCCCUGUUCAUCAACCAGUCAAAUUGCCCAUCAUUCUAACG